AUGAAUGGUAUUCUUGGUUUUGAUAUUAAAGUUACUCAAUUCACUCAAAUAGAAAAAGUAGAUUAUUAUCAAAUAGAGUUAUUUAUAAAUGGAAUUAAAAGAAAACAAAUAUUAAGAAGAUAUAAUGACUUGUCUAAGUUUAAUGAAGAAUUAACUAAUAAAUUUGGUAAUCUAAUCCCAUCUUUUCCACCAGCAACAGUAUAUUUUAUAAAACCAACACAAGAACAACGUAUGGUUGAUUUUCAAAUAUAUUUUUCUGGCAUUUGUCUUCAUCCAGAAGUUUGUUUAUCUCAAGAGCUAGCUUCAUUUUUUGACUCAAAUAAUUAA